CCCAGCACCACCGCAAUGGCUCCAUCGCAGUCCCUCUACCCGCGCGCCACCGUCAAGCGCAUCGUCAAGGCGCACAGCAAUCGCCCGCUGAGCAAGAAUGUCGACAUCAUGAUAUUCCUCGACUACAUGCUCUUCAUGGACGACCUCAUGCGCGAGUCGAGCAUCAAGUCGAAGCAGGCGGGGGAGCGGGGCAUCUCCGCGCGAUCGAUCCGGAAGGUCAGAGAGAAAUCGCUGCGCAAAUUCAAAGGUUGAGGAAUACGGCGGCGCUCGAUGGGCGGGUCUAUCUAUGGUGCGGCGUUACGGGCAAGAAUGGCGUAUUUGGGGUUAUGCUUCUCAGCGGGCAGGAUAGACGAUUGCGGUUUUCUAUAUGCAUGGCAGAGGGGGAUUUUCAGUUUCGGUAAUAUUGGCUUCGCGAGGAUUCAUGUGGUGCUUAGUGUGUUAUGCACGGCAUUGCACAUAACAAGCUAUGUUCCAAACACAAGGAACUAAAACACCAGCAGCAAGAGUUCGGAGGGACGAAUGCAGAAAGGACACUUAGAGUAGACAGCUCUAUUCCCAACCCAUCUACAAAUUGAAAAGCAGCCAUGCAUGCUAACACGU